AUGUCUGUCACGGCCUCUCCUCGGUUGUCACACACGCCCCUGUCGCUUGAUGGCAAUCCCCUCGGGUACCGAGCGAGCGCGGGCACGCCGCGGUCCCCAGGUGCUCCCGUGAGCCCUGAACCGGAGUCUGCAGGCGUGUCAUCUGCAUCCGAGGAGGAAGAGAACAGCAUGGAGGAGGAUGGCAUAUUGACCGAGGAGGAAGUCUCCAGCUGUUUACACACCCUGGGUCUCUCUGCAACAGGACUGGAGUAUCUAUAUCUCUGCCUCUCUGCCCCUGGACGAAAUUUAACGGAUGUCUCCAUUCUGUGCAAUUAUGUCCAUCUUCAAAAACUGGAGCUUCCAUACAAUAAGAUAAAAGAUUUAUCCUGUGUGAGCCACAUGCCGUACCUCCUUGUUCUGGAUGCCUCCCAUAACGAGCUCUCAGACUUCUUCGGCUUCCAGCCUCCCAAAAAUCUCCAGGAAGUAAAUUUGUCCUACAAUCAUAUGUCAGAGAUGAAGGACCUGACUGCCUACUCCUCUCUCAGCAAACUGAACCUGGAUCAUAACUCCUUCCGUGAAAUACGUGGUCUGGAGAAGUGCUCCAGUCUCACGCACCUCAGCCUGUCCCACAAUAGGCUCUCCCGCAUUAGCGGACUGGCCAGCCUGCCCCUCAAAGAGCUCUGCUUGAGGGGGAAUCAGAUCCGGAAGAUAGAGAAUAUGGAGACAUUAUGGACGCUGCAGACCCUGGACCUGUCCUCUAACAGAAUCCAGAGUCUCUCUGGCCUCCAGAACCUCCAUCUCCUUGGAUCCAUCAAUCUGGAGAACAACCAGGUCAGUGAAAUCAAAGAGGCCUCUCAUAUCCACGACCUGCCUCUACUGCGAGAACUGAAUCUGCAGAGGAACCCAGUACAGGAUCAGACGGAUUACCGCCUGGCCGUGGUCUUCCUCCUGCAGCGCCUGACCUCCCUGGACCAGCAGAGGGUGGCAGCAGAGGAGAAGGUGUCAGCGGUCAAUAAAUAUGACCCCCCACCCGAGGUGGUUGCCGCCAGAGAUCACAUGAUGCACGUGGUGUACCAGCUGGGACAGCCACAGGUCAUCUUCGACAGCACGCUGCCCAGCCUGGAUGCUCCGUACCCGAUGCUGGUGCUCACCGGCCCCCAGGCCUGUGGCAAGAGGGAGUUUGCGCACCGGCUGUGUCAGGAGUUCAGCGAUUUCUUCGCCUACGGGACCUGCCACACCACCAGGAGUCCCUACUUUGGGGAGGUGGAUGGCUGCGACUACCACUAUGUCACCGAGGAGGUUUUCCAGGACAUGAUCCACAUGGGUAAGUUUAUCCAGACUAUUCAGUACGCGGGACACAGGUACGGUCUGUCCCGAGAGGCCCUGGAAGGCGUGGCCAGAGACGGGCUGGCCUGCUGUGUGCACAUGGAGCUGGAGGGCGUGCGCAGCCUGAAGAACACCUACUUCGAGCCACGCUACGUCCUGCUGAUCCCCACGGACCGGGAGGAGUACGCCCGGCGUCUGCGGCGGAGGGCCCUCUACAGCCGGGCCCAGAUCGAUAACGCCGUGUCCCGCAUCGAUGCCUACGUGCACGUCAACAGAGAGCAUCCUGGGUACUUCGACAACGUCAUCCCCUGUGAUAACCCUGCGGAAGCCUACAAGACGCUGAGCCAGGUGGUCAGGGAGUAUCUGGGUCUGGAGGAGCAGAGAGGGGCCACAGCUGGCAACACUGUCACAGGGGACUCUCAGAAUGAGGAGAGGUGGAAGGACUUGGCCACAGGGGGGGCGGUCGGCCUCCACGCCCGCACCACAGGGGUCGCUGAGCCGACGGAGCCGAGCAGCAGGACAUACCAAAGCAAGCUGCAGGCCAGGCUCACCCCACAGAAGAGCUCGGCUGAAGUAGCCUCCAUGCAGAGGCGGCGGCAGCUGGCACGGGAGGCCCUGAUGGGGAGGAGUCCUGGAGCCUACACCCAGCUUCCCAACAGGGUUUCUCUCACGGCUCCAGGUUCGAUGGGCUCCCCACUUCAGCAGGACCCUCCCUCCUUGUCCUCCAUGAUACCGAUGACCAGUGACGGGCCAGCGGACCCCAGCGGGGACAGCAGCUCUGGGGAGUCCCGUGCCAGCUCAGGCCUCUCCCUGCGCUCCUCGGCCGGGGCGUUCUCCCUGCAGGAUACAGCGGAGGGCUUGGAAAGGGGGGCAGGGCCUGACGUGGAGCCCCUGGACAUCCCGGGACACGACCUGGACAGUCUGAGAGAUAACAUGUCAUCAGGCCACACCCCCGACGCACCCCGCCCCACGUCCCCCAGGAAUGCGCUGGAGGUGAGGCCGAUUGCAUCCGAGCCCGUCUCGGCACGGCCGGGGUCCAACGCCAAACCCAUCCUGCCCCCCAUCCCGUCCGGACGCAAGACCACGGAGCACCCCUCCCCCAAGCCUGACUGA